AUGUACCCCCUGCCCGGUCCCCGUCCCUGCCCGUGUGCCCGUGCCCGGGUUUUCCCCGUCCCCUGCCCGUGCCCGUGCCCGUGUGCCCGUGCCCGUGCCCGUGUGCCCGUGCCCGUGCCCGUGCCCGUGUGCCCGUGCCCCUAUGCUAUGCUUGUGCCUGUUCCCGUGUGCCUAUGCUAUGCUUGUGCCUGUUCCCGUGUGCCUAUGCUAUGCUUGUGCCUGUUCCCGUGUGCCUAUGCUAUGCUUGUGCCUGUUCCCGUGUGCCUAUGCUAUGCUUGUGCCUGUUCCCGUGUGCCUAUGCUAUGCUUGUGCCUGUUCCCGUGUGCCUAUGCUAUGCUUGUGCCUGUUCCCGUGUGCCUAUGCUAUGCUUGUGCCUGUUCCCGUGUGCCUAAGCUAUGCUUGUGCCUGUUCCCGUGUGCCUAUGCUAUGCUUGUGCCUGUUCCCGUGUGCCUAUGCUAUGCUUGUGCCUGUUCCCGUGUGCCUAUGCUAUGCUUGUGCCUAUCCCUAUGUCUAUGCUUGUGCCUGUGCCUGUGCCUAUCCCUAUGUGCCUGUUCCUGUGCUUAUCCCUAUGUGCCUGUGCCUGUCCCUAUCCCUAUGUGCCUGUGCCUGUUCCUGUGCCUAUGUGCCUGUUCCUGUGCCUAUGUGCCUGUGCCUAUCCCUAUGUGCCUGUGCCUAUCCCUAGGGCCCUGUGCCUAUCCCUAUGUGCCUGCCUGUGCCUAUCCUAUGUGCCUGUUCCUGUGCCUAUCCCUAUGUGCCUGUUGUGCCUAUCCCUAUGUGCCUUUCCUGUGCCUAUCCCUAUGUGCCUGUCCUUUUGCUAUCCCUAUGUGCCUGUGGACUGUGCCUAUCCCUUAUGUGCCUGUGCCUAUCCCUACCCAUAUGUGCCUGUGCCUGUGA